AUGAGUGUUUUACAGAAGAUAGCUGAAAUUGAAAAUGAAAUGGCCAAAACCCAAAAAAAUAAAGCUACAAAUUAUCAUCUUGGCCUUUUAAAAGCUAAAUUAGCGCGUUUAAAAGCACAGCUUAUUGAGGGUGGCGCUAAAAGUGGUGGCAAAGGAGAAUCCGAUGGUUUUGACGUAUCCAAAACCGGUGAUGCAAGAAUUGGAUUAAUAGGAUUUCCUUCUGUAGGGAAAUCGACAUUUUUAAAUAAAAUAACAGGAACUUUUUCCGAGGUCGCAGAUUACGAAUUUACAACUCUAACAUGUGUUCCCGGAGUUUUUCAAUAUAAGGGAGCUAAAUUACAGUUAUUAGAUCUACCAGGAAUUAUUGAAGGUGCAAAAGAUGGAAAAGGACGAGGAAAGCAAGUUAUUGCAGUUGCAAGAACUUGUGGUCUGAUUUUAGUUAUCCUAGAUUGUAUGAAAUCAUUGGUUCAUAAACAAAUUGUAGAGAGGGAAUUAGAAGGAUUUGGAAUAAGGUUAAAUAAAAAACCUCCUAAUAUUACAUUCACAAAAAGAGAUAAAGGCGGUAUUGUUAUAUCUAAUUCUGUUCCUUUAACAAAUAUUGAUGAUCAAAUCAUAAAAUCUAUAUGUCAUGAAUAUCGUAUACAUAAUGCAACAUUUGGAAUUUGGUGUGAUGCAACAGUUGAUGAUAUAAUUGAUGUCAUUGAAGGCAAUAGAGUAUAUAUUCCGUGCAUAUACGUUCUUAAUAAAAUAGAUCAAAUAACAAUUGAAGAAUUAGAUAUACUCGCGAGAAUACCUCAUCAUGUACCUAUAUCAGCUCAUCAUGAGUGGAACUUUGAUGAGCUUAUUGAAAAAAUUUGGCAGUAUCUGGACCUUAUACGAGUAUACACUAAACCAAAAGGACAAAUUCCAGAUUACAGCGCUCCUGUAAUAUUACCCAAUGCACAUAGGCGUGUUGAAGAUUUUUGUAGAAGAAUUCAUAAACAAUUAUUAGUUGAUUUUAAAUAUGCAAUGGUGUGGGGAAAAUCUGUGAAACACAACCCGCAAAAAGUUGGAAAAGAUCAUGUUUUAUACGAUGAAGAUGUUGUACAAGUUGUGAAAAAAUAA